AUGACAAUUCUGAAGUUGCCAGGUGAAAGUUUGGUAGCGAAUUGUGGUGAAGGUGGUUUUAUUGAAAUAUGGACAUCGAGCAUAGACGGUCCACUAAAACACAAGCAGUUGAUCGGAACACCGGCGCAAAGUCUCUGGUCCAUCACGUUUUUGGAAAAUGGCGAUUUAGCAGUUGGAGCAAAGUAA